GGUACAAGGUUGGGUUGAAAGUCGAUUGCAAAGAGAGGGUCUUUCUCAUUCUUUUGUUCUUUUUUAAGUGUUUUCAAAGAGAAAUCUAAAUUUAUCAUGUUAUUCAAUGAGGAAAUGAUAAGGAAAAUGCUCCCUAGGGCAUAUCAGCGAAAAUAUGUGGCCCAUCAAAUUUACGUCUCCAUGUCUUACUUCAAAAACCUCAUGCCUGUGAUGGAUGAGUACGUGUACACAGACGGAACCACAAAAAGCUUAAUGAACCUUACGGGAACCAUUCCUGUGGUGUUUUCAGGCGAAACCUACAAUAUCCCCAUAUGUGUUUGGAUUGAGCCAAACUACCCCAAUACCCCACCGAGGUGUUAUGUGAAGCCUACACGUGAAAUGAUUAUUGUCAAAGGAAACUACAUAUCCAGUGAUGGCGAGGUCACAAUGCCUUACUUGAAAGAUUGGAAAAAGGGUAAAUGUGACUUACCUAGCCUACUGCAGGUGAUGGCUGUCAUGUUUGGAGAGUUUCCUCCACUAGCAAUGCAUUCCUAUCCAGAACCUGAGCAAGCCUCAUGUUGGCUGCAGUUCCACAAAGAAGCAGAUGGGAGACAUUGCAUAUCUAUACCCAGAGGAGAUGGCCAACCUUUCCAGUAUGAAAAUGAAACCAGUUGUUAGUUUUUUUGUAUAUAUUUGUACAAUUUGUGUAAAAAAACAAAAAAAAAAUUUGAUUUUACUCUAUGAAAAGAUAGGCUUAAAAAGCAUGUAUCAUCCACUAACUGAAAAUCCAAACCAAAACAACACAAAGUACAAUGUUGUCUGCUAAAAGUUUACAUAUAAACAUUAGGACAGUCUUUAACUAGGUCUUGUGGAAAUGACUUGUCUGUCUGAGUUCUAGUUUCUUCUGUCGUGGAAAAAAAAUACUAUUUCCAAGCACUGUUCAGGUGAAAUCACUCAAUCAGGUUUAUUCAUAUAU